CACCCUCCGCACUGCAGAGCUAAAAUAAACCCUUCUCCCUGUUCUGCUCCCACCACCCGCAGCUAACUUGGUCCUGGGAGAGCCCCCUCCCCCGCUCCGCUCCGCUCCCCCGCCGGAGCUAAAUAAAGGCGGGCCGGCCCACCCCCGACCCCGCGCUCCCGGGGUGCGGACACCGGCCGCCCGCUGGCCACCCGCACGGCGGUCGGACGCGGGUCCCGACGGUGCCGGCCGGUACCGAGCUGAGCCUCCGCUCCCCCAUCCCUGCUGCCGGGCUCCCGGCCGGCCGCUCCCGGCUUCGUCCAGUUCCAGGGGCAUCGGCUGCCCGGGGACUGCCCUGCCAGGAUGGGCGUCAAGACGGCCUUGCCCUCGUACGAGCUGGGCUUCUAUGCCCUGGUCCUGAGCUGCGCCCUCGCCUACACUGGCGUGGGCCUUUUCGAAGCCUCUCGAGACAGCAUGAACAGAAGAGCCCUCAGGGACUACGUGAAGCCAGGUUGGCACUACUUCGGCCGGAAGAUGGACACCGCAGACUUCGAGUGGGUCAUGUGGUUUACCUCAUUCCGGAACCCUAUCCUGUUCGCCCUGUCGGGACACGUGCUGUUCGCUAAAGUCUGCUCCAUGGUGGCUCCUCAGUUCCGCUCCUGGGUAUACAUGCUGUACGGGGCGCUGGCCGUGCUGGGCACCAUGGGCACCUCCUACCUACUGGUCCUGCUGGCGCACUGCCUGGCGCUCUACGUCGUGUCGCUGCUCAAGCAGAGGUGGCUGUGCUUUGCCGUGGGGCUGGGCAGCCUCGCCUCCUUCAAGGUGGAACCCGUCAGAGCCUGGCAGAGUGGGUUUGUAACGGGGACUUUUGAUCUUCAAGAUGUCCUGUUCUACGGCGGGGCCGGCUUCACCGUGGUCCGCUGCAUGAGCUUCGCGCUGGAGAACUGCGAGCGGGGCCACGGGCACUUCUCCCUCAUCGACCUCCUCAAGUACAACUUCUACCUCCCCUUCUUCUUCUUCGGGCCCGUGCUGACCUUCGACCAGUUCCACGCCCAGGUGGGCAGGAGCGAGCUGGAGCGGAAGGACCGCGAGAUGUGGCACAUCCGGGCCCAGGCCCUGCUCAGCCUGGUGGGCAUCCUGGCCGUGGACGUCUUCUUCCACUUCUUCUACAUCCUCGCCCUCCCGGCCGACCUCAAGCUGGCGCCCCGCCUCUCCGACUGGUCCCUCGCCGGCCUGGCAUACGCCAACCUAGUGUACGACUGGGUGAAGGCGGCCGUGAUGUUUGGCGUGGUGAACACCAUCAGCCGCCUAGACCACCUGGACCCUCCCCGGCCUCCCAAGUGCAUCACCAUGCUCUACGUCUUCGCAGAAACGCACUUCGACCGAGGCAUCAAUGAUUGGCUCUGCAAAUACGUGUACGACCACCUCGGGGGUGACCACACCCACGUGGUGGCCGAGCUGGGGGCCUCGGUGGCCACGUUCGCCAUCGCCACCCUGUGGCUGGGUCCCUGCGACGUCGUCUACGUCUGGUCCUUCCUCAACUGCUUCGGCCUCAACUUCGAACUGUGGGUGCAGAAGCUCUCGGAGAGCGAGCCCUUCGCCAGCCUGGAGGCCGGCCUGUCGGAGCCCAUGGCACGAAGGGUCCGCGGGUGCUUCGGGGCUGCCAACUUCUGGGCCAUCGUCUUCUACAACAUCCUGGCCCUCAACAGCCUGGACUUCUCAGAGCUGGUCACCCGCAGGCUGCUGCUUACCGCCCCCGCCGUCCGCAGGUUUCCCGCAGAGCACGCUGACCCUGUGGUUCGUCACCUACUGCGGCGUGCAGCUGGUGAAGGAACGAGAGCGGCUACAGAUGCUGCGCGAAGAGACCGAGGAGGCCAAGGAGAAGUCCGAAUAGGAGGGAGCCCACCCCAACCGGCCGCCGCAUCUGUCCCCCGUCCCGCACCACACACACACACACAAAUCCCAAAGCAGAGCCUGGAGACAGGGUUGUGGUACAAUAAAGCAUUUUCUCCUCCCAUUUUUGCAGCUGUGCCCACUAGGAGCCCCGGGCCCCUUUAAUCACAGGGGAACCCAGACUUCAGUGCCCCCACCUGUGGGGCUCUCUCCCUGCUCAUCACACCCCAUUUCUGUACCAGGGAGCGUUUAGAUCACCACUUUGUUCUCACCCUCCUCUUCCAAUGAGGCAGGGGAUCCUAAUCACAGUGGAGGGGGGCCUGGUCCCACCCUGCCCAUCACUCAUCCUGCUCCCCCUCCUGACCCGUACCAGGCCCACCUAGCCCCAUUCAUCCUCCUCCUUCCGCCCCUUCUGUUCCCAUCCUCUGUGCCCGGCCCUGGUGUAAGCAACAUUGUACUAAGUACCGGAGGUGGGAUUCCUGCCUUCAACGCUUACCCUCUGGGGAAAAGCAACUCAAUCCAUCAGCCUAUAGUUGACUUCAGUAAGUGACUGGAGAGAUGGAUCUGUUCAUGAGUAAGGGGUAACCUAAGAGGAUGUCAUUGUGGGCAAAAAGGAAGGUUAUCUCAAGACUCAUACCUCACUCUAGAUUAAACAUUAAGGUAACCCCCCCCACACACACACUCCUUCCUCACCCUCUCAGAAAAAGCAAGCAAGCACCGACCUGGAAUUCCUAAUUUAACCCAUGACAAAACUGAAACACACAGUAAUUCUGGGACUCACCCACGGUCAUCCAGUAGGAAGGUAACAUAGGGGGAGAGCAUAGGCCUGGUAGUCAGAGGACCUGUGUUCUUAGCUCAGCUCCAGGAGUUGCCUGUGUGACCUUGAACAAGCCACUUAAUUUCCAAAGCCUCAUUUCUCUCUGUGGUAAGAGAGAGAUUCAGGACCUGUUCUCUCUCCUAACGAGAUGGGGAGCCUCCAUGUGAGACAGGGCCAAUGUCUGACUACUUAGCUAUGCCUACAUUUAUCAUAGUGUUUGACACACAGUAAGCACAACAUACAAUUAUUUCACAGUAAUGAGUGGCAGCACCAGGAUUAGGACCCUGGUCUUCUGCCUCUCCACCAAGCCCAUAGGUGGAAGAAUGGGACAAAGCCAAAGUCGAUUAGGAUAAGCUUUCUGGCAGUGGUGAACUUGGAGUAUUUCAAGAGCCCUGCCUCCACUGCACAGCAGGGAAGGAGGUCAGGCCCACGCCUGGUGGUCAACACCAGCUGUGUCUAGCAGCUGUGCCCCACCAUCUUAGCUCACCCUGUCUCUGCCCCCUAACCAUUGAACACAACAACCGAAGAGACACGUUGGAUAUUUUA